UGUAAUCCAUAAAAAGAAAGAAAGAAAAAAAAAUCCCUCCCAAAUCAUCCCCCGUUCCCAACUCCUCACAAAAACUUUGCCAGUUUCGAAAAGUGGUGACUAAAGCAGCAACAACAGAAGGAGGAGUUCACCACUUUUCUUUUUCACAGCCAACUCCAUGUCUCUGCAGAGGUGAGUCUGGCAAGUUAAUUGGUUCCCUCAGGCGCUGUCUUUUUGUCUUUUCUUUUUUAAAUUCAGCUUUUCGUGCCGUCUGCUACACCUGCCUGCCAAGCUCCAGCGCUGAUGGGCGCGGCUCGGACCAGUGCCCAAAUCUCUGUUUUGACUUGCCUGGGAAAGUUGAGAGAAAAGGCACAAAAGGACCGAGGACUUUAAGAACAUCCCACCACGGCGCGUCAACUUCAUAUUUAAACACAUUCUCUCCCGUGGACGUGAUCAGUCAGUCCAUCUUGAGAGGGAUCGGGAUUUGAUUGUUUCUUAUUCGAGCUGGCUGAAGAUAAAAUGGGAUGGACGAGUUAACGAGACAGAUGGACUUCUCAGGAGGCUUGUCAGGAGAAAAGGUUGUGACAGAAACUGUAACCUCCACGACCAGACUGACUUCUCUACCACCAAAGGGAACCAGUGGAUCAAAUCACAGGAAUAUGUCCAGCAGUGCUGGAGGGCUGGGCUUGGAGAAGAAUGUCUUAACCCAGAACAGCAGUGGAACUUAUUUCUCUUCAUCCUCUGUAGGUGUGAACACCAGCAGCUUCAGCUCCUCCUCAGGAGUUUACCUAGGAGGAGACUCCUCGGGAAGAGAUGAUGGAGGAGGGCUGUACAUAGACGGAGAGGGGUACGGAAGCGGAGGAGGGGGAGGAGGAGGAGGAGGAAGCGGCGGCAGAGGCGGCAGCAGUUAUCUCGUGAGCUCGGUGUCAAAGGUCAGGUCCAGCUCGUCGGGUGGUGCCAGGAGAGCGCAGACUGCUGGCUCAUCAGGAGGCCUGUCGCCAGGUUUCCGGGAGAGGAAGACCAUAUCCAGCCGCUCAGGAGGUUAUGAUGGAAGUUCGAGUGGUAAUUCCUCUCCAGAGUUUACACGAAAAGAUUAUGGAAUCUAUUGCUCCAACACCACAAGAGGGAGGAGCGAAAGCAGAGAGAGUGAGAUCCGAGCCAGAUUACAAAGUGCCUCUCCCACUGCCGGAAGAUGGACAGAGCUGGAUGACGUGAAGAAGCUGCUGAAGGGACGCUCCUGCAGCGUCAGCCCCACUCGCUCCUCCAACGCCUCCAUCACCCUGCCUGUCCCUAAAAAGGCCAGCGUUAAAACCCAGACCAUCACCUCUGUGACCUCUCAGUCGGGUUCAACUUCAUUUGGCUCUGGUGUGAGAUCAGGCGGGUUCCACACCAUUGAUACAUCAGGCCUGUAUGAUACCGGUCUGACAUCUGGGCAGUUUGAUACUGGUGUCAAAUCAGGCCAGUAUGAUAUCACUCUGAAAUCAGGCCAGUAUGAUACUGGUGUCAAAUCAGGCCAGUAUGAUACUGGUGUCAAAUCAGCCCAGUUUGAUACUGGUGUCAAAUCAGGCCAAUAUGAUAUCACUCUGAAAUCAGCCCAAUAUGAUACUGGUGUGAGAUCAGCCCAGUAUGAUACCAGUGUAAAAUCAGCCCAGUAUGAUACUGGUGUGAGAUCAGGCCAGUAUGAUACCAGUGUGAGAUCAGGCCAGUAUGAUACCGGUGUGAGAUCAGGCCAGUAUGAUACCAGUGUGAGAUCAGGCCAGUAUGAUACCAGUGUGAGAUCAGGCCAGUAUGAUACCAGUGUGAGAUCAGGCCAGUAUGACACGCUGGACGCUACACUUCCUACUUUCUCUUGGUCCACCUCCACGCUGCCCUCCCCCUCCACCACGGUCAUCGCUGGCAACACCAGCGGAUACACGUACCAGGCUGGCACCAACAACAUGGCGGGAGGAUCGUCGCCACUCAGCCUCACCUCACCCUCGUCCCUGUCAGUUUACGGCUUUCAGAAUAAUCUGGCUCCCACCUCUCCCAGUGUGCUCACCACCAGUGGAGGGAACGUAAAUGCUCACCUAGGAGGUUAUGGUGUUCAGAAGAAUUUGUCAAAUGGUGGCGGUUUCGUCAGCAGCAGCACUGGAGUCUCUACAACCACUAGAUCCCAAACUGAUGAUUCACUUAAGAAAGACUAUAAGUACCUGAUCUCUGAAAAGGAGAACGCUCCAGCCAAGAGGGAAGCAGAAAUGCUGAUUUUGGCUAAAGACAGCGGGAAGCAGUUCACCACCAGCAGCAGCAUGCAGAUGGGAGGAGGGUCGCUGUCAGGAGAUUCAAUAAAGAAAGAGAAGCUUAUUUCAAGCUACAGUGAGAAGGCGCAACUGAAGACAGAGACAGGCAACUCUUACUAUGGAUCAUCUGGAGUGGUAAUGAAGGACAAAGCCACCUAUGCAGAGAUUCACAGGGACAGCGGCAUCUUUGGAGGUGGAGGACUGUGCUGCUGCUCCGACUCGUGUUGCUCCUGGUGGAAAUGGCUGCUGGGACUUCUCCUCCUCUCCCUGCUCCUGCUGGGACUCCUGUUUGGGCUCAUUGCACUCGCUGAGGACGUGAGAAAGCUGAAGAAUCGAGUGGCUACGCUGGAGGCCGAGUCUUCGGUGGCUUCUGCCCGUACCAGCCGGCUGUCAGGUUCUAACAAUGACAUCGUUGGGGCGGCUGGAAGUGGAGGGACCUCCCACACUGACAACACGCUACUCCUGGGCCCUGGAGGUGGAGGCUCUGGCUCCAAAACACGAAUGGGGAUUGCAGCUGGUGCUGGCGGCUCCACUGGUGGAAAUGGCAUUGAUGUUGUCAUUGGAGGUGGUUCUGCUGGCACCAGUGGGGCCGCCGGGGAAGUUGCUGGAGGUGCCGGUACCAGUUUUAGUGGCAGUGCCGGCGGUACUGGUGGUACCAGCUUCAGUGGUGGCACUGGUCUCGGAACCGGUUUGAGUGGAGGAUACAUAGACUCUGCCAAUCUUCAGAUAACCAUCCAGCGGAUGUUAAGAACUGAAAUGCAAUCACAGUCAUACAGAGCUUUUCUAGCAUCGUCAGUGCAGGGAGAGAGAGGGCUGCCUGGACCUAAAGGGGACCCUGGAUCUAAAGGAGAUUCUGGUUUCCCUGGACUUCAAGGUGCUCCGGGACAUGUAGGACCUGAGGGUCCAAAAGGACAGAAAGGAAGCCAAGGUGAUCAUGGACUGGAUGGGGGACCAGGCAUCAGGGGUCGCGAGGGCCCGCCUGGCCCCAGAGGUGAGGCAGGACCUCCAGGCUUUGGAGCGAAAGGUGACAGAGGUGCUCCUGGGGAUCCUGGGCCUGUCGGCCCAGCUGGACCAAAAGGCACAUCUGGAAUUCCUGGACUUUCUGGAGUACCAGGUCAACCAGGUGCUCAGGGUUUCCGUGGCGAGGCAGGGCUACCUGGGCCCAAAGGUGACAGAGGACUUGCUGGAUUCCAAGGACUUAAAGGCGAAGCUGGUGACACAGGUCUCAAAGGUGUGAAAGGUGAUCCUGGUUUACCAGGUCUGCAAGGGCCAGCUGGAGAGAGAGGAAUCAAAGGGUCAAUGGGGUUGUCUGGAGUCGAUGGAUUGAAGGGAUCAAAAGGUGACCAAGGACAUGCUGGGCCCCCUGGACUCAGAGGUCCUGCUGGGCCUCCUGGAGAUGCUGCACCUCCAGGAACAUCUGGGCCUCAAGGACCACCAGGGAUACCAGGGAAUCCAGGACGACCAGGCUCUAAAGGUGAAUCAGGUCAACCAGGAAGAAUCAUCAAUGCAGCUGGCGCCACUUCUUUUGGCAUCCCAGGACCACCUGGGCCUUCUGGUCCUCCCGGCCCUGCAGGACCUCCAGGAUUAUCAGGUCCCAUUGGCCCUGCUGGUCUGCCUGGCCAACCUGGUGCUAAAGGGGACAGGGGAUAUAAGGGAGAGCAGGGAGAACAAGUAAUAACUGCGAGAACGAGUGAAAGUGUAUCCUCCAGGCAGUUUAGUGCCAGUGGAGGUUUAGGACAACCUGGCCCACCCGGCCCACCGGGUCAACCUGGACGUCCAGGAGAUUCAAGACAAGGACCUCCAGGACCACCUGGGCCUCCAGGUCAGCCAGGUUAUGGAAUUCCAGGACCCAAAGGAGACAAAGGAGAGGCGGGCUUUGCAUCCAGCUCUGGAACGUUUUAUACUGGACCACCAGGACCACCUGGGCCUUCUGGGCCUAAAGGAUUAACAGGUUCUCCUGGACCAAGAGGAUACCAAGGCGAACCAGGCCAACAAGGUGUGCCGGGCACCCCAGGAAGACCAGGAAGCUCUGAGAGAGUGUCGACUUAUGGUGGAGGACAUGGGAUCCCUGGACCACCAGGUCCACCGGGACUUCCUGGACCACAGGGACCACAGGGAUUUAAAGGGGACACUGGAGCUCCUGGUGUUCCUGGCUUUUCAAGAGGCUCGGUCUCAGUCACCUCAGGCCCUCCUGGCCCUGCAGGUCCUCCUGGCCCUCCAGGCCAGCCAGGCUCCUUCGCUUCUUCUAGUGAGAUGCGGCAGUACAUCACUGACUAUCUAAGUAGAAGCAGACAGUCUAGUAUCCCCGGACCUCCAGGUCCACCUGGGCCUCCAGGAAUCCCUGGAAGCUUUUCAGGCUCUAUUGAGGACAUCUCCACUCGUAUCAUUGCAUACCUGCAACGUUCGGACUCAGGCCUUAGCAUUGGUGUCCAGGGUCCUCCAGGACCACCUGGUCCACCUGGCUAUGGAUCCCUGACGGUCAGCAGUCUCAUCGCCAUGCUUCAGAGAGAAGAUGUGAGGAGAUAUUUGUCAGGACCACCAGGGCCACAAGGACCACCGGGACAACCAGGGACAUCGGGAGGAUUUUCAGGCAGUUACAGUAUAGAGGAGAUAGCCACAUAUGUCUUCAAAAUCAUGAAUGACCGAGGGAUUGCUAGAGGUCCGCCUGGGCCACCCGGUCCUGCUGGGCCUUCUGGUGCAGGGGGAUCUGGCAUCACUACUGCUACAAUUGACUAUUCUGCACUGAUAAAACAGUCAGACUUCCGCUCAUGGAUUAGCUCUGCCAUACAACGCGGUCAUCCUGGUCCUCCGGGUCCUCCGGGUGUCCAAGGGCAACCUGGCCCUCCUGGCCCUCAGGGCCCCGCUGGAGUCUCCACUGCCACUGUGUAUGGGGGCGCGGGAGGUCGUGGCUACAGCUUGGAGGAAAUUCAGCGUUACCUGCAGGGUUCUGGGUUCAGAGGUGUUCCUGGGCCUCCUGGUCCUCAAGGUCCACAAGGUCCACAGGGUCCACCAGGCAGUUACAGCGGAUCCAUUUCCUACAAUGGAAACUUCCCUCGGGAGAGCAUCCGCACUGAAAUUCAGCAGUAUCUGACCAGUGACAGUGUUCGUCGUGCCAUCAUCGGACCUCCGGGCCUUCCAGGACCUCCGGGUCAGAAGGGAGAUCGCGGAGAGCCGGGUUACAUCCAGAGCCACACGCAAAGCCAGAGCUACACUCAGGGUGAAUCUCGACAUGGCUCUGAGCGCAGAGAUAUCCAUGUCAGCAAGCUCACACAGACAUUGGACCACUCCAACGUCGCCAACGUUGCAAUAAAAGUUACAGACUACAUCAAGAGUCAAGGCCUGCUACAGGAGUAUCUGGUUGAGGGUCCUUGGAGGGCGAAUGUACGAGCGAUUCAAGGCCCCCCUGGUCCACCUGGCCCUGUCGGACCACCUGGUCAGAGCCGCGUCAUCGGUUCCUACGGCAACGUCACAGCUGACCUCAUGGAGUUCUUCAGAACCUAUGGCACCAUCCCCGGAACUCCAGGAGCCCCUGGACCAAGGGGUGAGAGAGGGUACCCAGGACCCAGAGGAGAAAAGGGUGAUCCUGGGCACCAAGGUUUACCAGGAACACCAGGGCCAUACACUUUCCAAAUUCCACACACAGUGCAGAAGAGGGAUGCAGGCAAUAAUGUGGUUGGUCGUCAUCGUCAGCAUCGCCGUCACGCCAGCGGUGCCUAAACAUACUACUGGAUCAUGUCCCAUUUCAUUUUUUUUUAGGUGUUCAACUGUAGCAAAUGCAAGUAGGCAAAAUGCUCUUUAUUGUUGCCAUCUGUAGAAAAGUCACAGGACAAUUUGAGAAAAUUCAAGAGGCCAAAAAGUCUUUUUAAAAAAAGUAGAGUAGUAUGGAUUUAGCUGCUGGUCAGUGUCUUUGUCACACAGACUUCAUUCUUUUUGACAUGUGGGUGCAUAAUGUUUACUUUGCUUAGUUAGAAGCUUGCAUUCAAACUUGUUUUUUUUCUCUCCAGGGAGCAGCUUUGUUUAAGAGAAUAUCUAUUUUAAAGCAAUAAAUAGCUGAUCUUUUAAUUGCACUUUUCAUCUUUUCCCACUGCUCGUGUAACUGGUGUACUUUUUUAUUGUCUUUUGAGGAUUAUAUUGUAUUGAGGACUAUAUAAUACGUGUUUAAUUUGUCAAAGUAACCUUUCAAUGUUUCAUAAAAAUACAAUAUUGUCAGACUGUCCACAUAAAUCAAGCCAACCUCCAGCUGUAAAGACCCCUUGAAGUAAUCCAUUCACCCCAUACAAAUUACAAAACAAUUGACAUUUUUUAAAUAUAUAUAGCAAUGCAUCAUUACCAGUCAGUGAGGGUCAUUUGUGCAGCAGGGAGUGAACUUUGAUUACAGUAGGACUGAUGACUUACUUGAAAGGUUUGUUGGUAAAAAAAUAAAAUAAAUGUUGCAUGGUUGAAAGACAGAUGAUCACUCAAGAAAUGACUGAUUGGAUUGUAUAUUUUUGUAUGAGAGUGCACUGAAAUUUAUAUAUUUUCUUUAUAUCUUUAAGUGUUGGAAAGAAUAAAUUAUAAAAUGUU